CCUUCAAUUAUGAGUAACAUGCUGAACCCAGAUGCUAUUUUCUCAAACAACGAAAUGAGCCUGUCAGAUAUUGAAAUUUAUGGGUUCGAUUAUGACUAUACAUUGGUCUUUUAUUCUAAACAUUUACACACACUGAUCUUCAAUGCUGCUCGAGAUCUUCUUAUUAAUGAACAUCGGUAUCCUGCAGAAAUAAGAAAAUAUGAUUACGAUCCAAAUUUUGCAAUCAGAGGACUUCAUUACGAUGUGCACCGGGCAUUAUUAAUGAAGAUUGAUGCUUUUCAUUAUAUUCAGCUGGGAACAGUUUAUAGAGGCCUCAGUGUUGUCCCAGAUGAAGAAGUCAUUGCAAUGUAUGAUGGUUCCCAUGUCCCUUUAGAACAAAUGAGUGACUUUUAUGGAAAGAGCUCACAAGGAAAUACAAUGAAGCAAUUCAUGGAUAUAUUUUCCUUGCCAGAAAUGACACUCCUUUCUUGUGUGAAUGAAUAUUUUCUGAAAAACAACAUAGACUAUGAGCCUGUUCAUCUGUACAAAGAUGUCAAGGAUUCAAUCAGGGAUGUCCACAUCAAAGGAAUAAUGUACAGAGCAAUUGAAGCAGAUAUUGAGAAAUACAUCUGCUAUGCCGAACAAACUCGUGCGGUGUUGGCAAAGCUGGCUGAUCAUGGCAAGAAGAUGUUUCUCAUCACAAAUAGUCCCAGCAGCUUUGUGGACAAAGGCAUGAAGUUCAUAGUUGGCAAAGACUGGAGGGAUCUCUUUGAUGUGGUCAUUGUACAGGCUGAUAAGCCAAACUUUUUCAAUGAUAAGCGAAGACCGUUUCGGAAGGUGAAUGAAAGGGGAGUAUUGCUAUGGGACAAAAUCCACAAGCUGCAGAAAGGUCAGAUUUACAAACAGGGCAACUUGUAUGAAUUUCUGAAGCUUACUGGAUGGAGGGGCUCCAAGGUUCUCUACUUCGGCGAUCACAUUUACAGUGACUUGGCAGAUUUGACCCUGAAGCAUGGCUGGCGCACUGGUGCAAUUAUUCCAGAGCUGCGAUCAGAGAUUAAAAUCAUGAACACAGAGAAGUACAUUCAAACCAUGACCUGGCUGCAAACCUUGACAGGAUUACUGGAGCAUAUGCAGGUUCACCGUGAUCCUGAUUCACAAAUGAUUUUAGAAGAAUGGAAGAAGGAAAGGAAAGUAAUGAGGGAGAUGAACAGGAAUUUCUUCAAUGCACAGUUUGGAAGCUUAUUCAGAACUGAUGAGAAUCCAACUUAUUUCCUAAGGCGCCUCUCUAGAUUUGCGGAUAUCUACAUGGCAUCACUGAGUUGUCUCUUGAACUAUGAUCCUGAUUACACGUUUUAUCCAAGGAGGACUCCUUUGCAGCAUGAACUUCCUGGCUGGUCAGACCAGCUAUGCACUGGUACAUUCAGAAUACCUUUCCUACAAGAGACAGUUCAGAUCAAAUAA